AGUCGAAGGGGAGAAGGUUACUGACUGUGUGUGUUCUCACAAAAGCUCUUUCUUUCUCUCCUUGGAUAUCUUCUGAAAUAUCUCCACACCGCAGCUGCUGGCUGGAGGAAGGAAUGUGAUGGAAAGACUGAGGUUAGAGACGCUGGUUAAGAAGGCUGCUGAGGGGUGCAGGUGAGGAAUGGAGCCAGAGGUGAUAAUGGGGAUGGCAAUAAGGGGACAAACCUGAGGCCUGAGUGACGAUGGACUGGAAGGAAGUGGGGGAGAGGCAGGAAGACAAGGAUGAGCCUCAGAUUCCUGACGUGGGGGUCAGAAUUCCUGAAAAGACUCCAGCUCCAGAUACAGACUUAGGAGUCAGCAGCAGAGAGCAAAUAACUCCAGCCAGAGAAUUGAUGAGCUCUCCUGGGAAGAGGGGUGUAAAGAGAGAAGAAAAGAGGGCCUAGAACAGAGGCACAGAGGGCCGAGGGAAGAGCCGGUUGGAGAAGGAAGAGAGAAACCAUAAGCACACGCUGUUAAAAAUGUUAAGGAUAUGACUGUUUUAAGAAGGGUGUGCUUAGGUGCAGUUGUGCGCCGGGUCGCCGAGACGUCGAUCCCCAAGUACAAGCCGUUGCGCCUGGCAACCCUGCCCACUACCCUCGACCCAGCUGAAUACGACAUAUCUCCGGAAACUCGGAAGGCACAAGCCGAGGGUUUGGCCAUAAGAUCCCGGCUUAAACGGGAGUACCUGCUUCAGUACAACAUCCCCAGCCGUCAUGGUGUCAUCGAAGAUCCUGCCUUGAUUCGUUGGACCUAUGCAAGAUCAGCAAACAUCUAUCCCAAUUUCAGACCCACUCCCAGGACCUCACUUUUAGGAGCUCUGUUUGGAAUUGGGCCCCUCCUCUUCUGGUAUUAUGUUUUCAAAACCGACAGAGAUAGGAAAGAAAAACUUAUCCGGGAAGGAAAAUUGGAUCGAACGUUUAACAGCUCAUAUUAAGUCUGGCAAUGAUGACUAUAUGUACUGUUGUUUAAAUGAAUCUAUUAAUCAUUAAAAAGUUUUUCUUUCUUAAUAUUAAAAAAAAAAAGAAGAGUGUGUUCAAAAGUGUCCAGUUCUGCUGAGAUGUCUCCACAGGUCACUGGUAACCUUGACAGUGAAGAUGAAUGCGACCUUGGGGUGGUGCUGAAGUGAUGGUGAGAGGGGGCACCUCCUAUCAGGGACAAGUAUUUUUUAUCUUCUUCACACUGUAACCAAAAUGUGUUUAUUCAUUCAUUCUAUAAAUACGUCAUUUCUUAAGCACCUAAUGUGCUGGGCACUGUGUUCAGAGCUGCAGACCAGACAGAAGGUCCUUGAGGUCCUCACUGGCCAGGAGGAGACAGAUACUCUCUCCCAUUGCACAAGACCAUGUGACGUAAUUGCUAUAAUGGAGAUGCACGACAGGGCCUUUGGAACAAGCUGGACCAACUCUACCAGGGAGGGGGAAGGGGU